AUGAAGAUUUUUAAAUUGUACACUCAUGGACCAGGAGUUGUUCCCCUUCAAGUAAUGGAAACCAGGGCAAUGUCUCGUAUGGAAUGCAUGGAUGCUUAUGGCAAUGUGGACAUAAUUUGCACAACGUCGGAGUUUCAAACUGCAGCCCCUUGCGAUGGCGACUUCGGAUCUCCGGCGGUGUUCAACGAUACUCUCUAUGGUAUCAGUAGCUUCAUCAUAUCGGGUUGUAAGACACAAUCCCCUCAAGGAUUCAUUGAUGUGUUUUUUUAUCGCAAAUUUAUCGAUAAAGUGAUGAAUCCUAAUGCUGCACCCAAUGGGAAAUACUCCAAUAUUCUAAAGGUGCAUGGAAUCAGGCACACUUUAUGCCUACUUACGAUGUUUCAUAUUCUUCAUAGAACUGACAAAACUCCUCGCAUAAGAUCUCUAAACUGCUAA